AUCCUUCGGAACUCCUAUUACUGCUGCCUGAAAGCUCCAAUACGUUUCCUACUCACUCCUCAAAUAUCUUAUUUACCAUGGGGAAAGCAAGUAAAGCACUCCAAGCUUUUAUCGACAAUAUUCCGGAUUCAAAACUGACGGGAUUUCCGGAGGGUGCUGGAACGAUUUACACUGAUCAAGACUUCCGCCUGGAUAUGCAAGGCGUAAGUACCCUGAAGGGCUGUGAGUAGGCUUCGUUAUAGGGCCCUGUUUUUGAGGAGCAGGUACAAAAUAACCUAGGUUAUUCCAAGUAACUGGGAAAAAUAUUGUCAAAUUCAGACGAUUUUUCAAUCUGCAGUUAAUAACCUGCUCCUGAUGUCCCGUUUGUCAGGAGCUGGGUCCCGUAACGAAAGGCUAGCUGUGAGGAGAGGAUGCUGAUGACCAAACAGAAGACUACCAGCGGCGGAUACAACCUCCAAAUCCAAGUUAACAGGGGGACGAAAGUUACAACCCUUAAGCCUUUAGCUCCACAAACGGUAGCUGGACCAGUUAUUGCUACGGGCACCGAAACUGCUAGUGUGAUUCGGGCCAACUUCGUCGCCACUAUGAAGAUCUGA